AUGUCGACAGCUUCCAGUCAGUCCCGAGGAGUCAACCGACGGAUCAAUAGCAUCCAGAAUGAAGGGCGCCAUUCGCGCAACUCUUCUGUCUCCCGGCGCCGGCCCCUCAACGCCAACGUCGCCUGCAACCAUGCCCUCCGCGUAGCCUACCUCUCCUACCUGCUGCACCCUCGUUCGCGUCGCAUUCAAAAUGCGCCCGCCGCGUCCGCGCCUGCGCGCCCGAAGCGGGCGUCUACGUCGAUCCAUGAUUUAAUGAGUGACUUUUCGCUAGUCAGAGACUCCAAGAGUACGAGGAUUCCGCAUGGGUUCUUGUCCGAGCUGGAAAAACGCCUAACGGGUGUUUUAAUGGGUAAAGAGAAGAGAAAGGAAUACCAGGAUCACUUAGUGGUGCGCACGUUCGCCGUCUUUCUCAACGUCCUGAAAGAAGACUCAUUCCGCAAGCGCAUGGAAAAAGACAGGCGCGCCGAAGAUCUGGUCCUUAUCUUCUACUCAAACGCCAUCAAGGAGCUUAGCAAGGGCAAGGAACACGACGAUAGUGGCUGGAAGCUUAUGGUGGACCGGCAUGUUGCUCUUUUUGUGCGACUCCUUGCCCUGAUUCUGAAGAGCAAUGACUGGGCCAAGGAUCGCCCCGAGCUGGCAAACCGACUGUCAGUACUGGAGAACAAGCUUCUGUCACAGGACCAAGAUUUGAUGGAGGUGAAUGGCAUGGCAUCAACCACCGAGGUUGUGGCACCAUUGAGCUAUGAUGUCAAAGACAUGCUUCUUGUGCAGCACGUGGCCAAGGUCUUUGGAAUGACACUGUCCCAGGCUCAAUCCGAAAUUGAUAAACACAAGUCUGUUUGGACCGAGAAGGCAGCGCUGCAGGAUCUCAAGACCUAUCAGGCCCACCUCAACCUUCAAACCCGCAAGACUUUAUCAAGGGAGGACUUUGAAACGGACGAUGCUUAUGAAACCUGGAAGAAAAGCGAAGGGCCCGAUCUCUCGCAGAUGAUGCUUGCGAUUGUGCAAUCUAAUCCAGAACUUGCAAAGAGCACACCAGGAUCUCUACCUCAAUUUAAUCCAGCUUCUCACGACGAGGACUUAUCAAGGACAUCUUCUGGCCGCACAGAUAGAACAUCAUAUGUCAUUGACUCACCUGUCGAUCUCGGCUCUCUUUCUUUAGGAGGAACUGAUGGUGACUCGGACGAGUCGGAUACGUACACGUUCAUUCCAUCCGACCCCCGAUCCGUUUACAGAUUCAUCCUGUCCCAGACCUUGGCCCAUGACAUGCGCGAUCGGGAAAUCGAAGCUACUCAGGCUACAUCCGAGGCGCCAUCGAUGAAGCUGCUUUCGAAACAGUCCACUGAAAUGCUUAAUGAGAUUUGUCUCCGCUGGCGGAUUCCCAACUUCUCCCGCAUUGUUCUCUUCCUCGACGUCGUUCAAUCCAAGUUUGUGGACAACGAGAUUGAUCUCAAUACUCUGGAUUCGGCCUUUACUUUUGUGAAGGAAUCACCACCUAGCGAGAGCCGAUCAAAGCGAACCAGUUUCAUAGCAUCCUCCGUCUUUGACAGACGCAAAUGGACUGUGCAUGAUCUUCAGACGAUGCAGCAGCUUCUUUCCAAGAUCCAUGAAGCGUUAUUACGAGAACUUUAUGAUGUGAUGAUGGACUGUUUUGAGACAAAGCCACGGCCCAUUGGGCCUGUGAUGUACAUUUUGGAGAAUCACAUCCAGAUGGACCCGAACUAUACAGAAGACCCGGAGGACAUCGAUCGAUUCUGCUCAUAUGUGCAGGAUGGCCUUGCUCAAAAGGCGACUGAGAAGUACCAGAGUCUUCUUGGUCAAUUAAUUCCCAUCGAUCAGGAAUCUUGGCAAGUGGACAAUAUCAUCCAACUGGGUGAUGCAAUUUCGAGACUUGCGCAGAAGAUUCAAAAGCGGUACAGGAACAACCCUGAGAUCAUGGGCGUCAAUCCCUACACCACACUUUGCCUCAAUGUUCUGCCCAUGUUUGCUGAAGAUGCGCAUGAAAUGGUCAUCCGGAUCAUUGAUCAGGCCAAAUCCAUGGGUGAAGAGAUCGCCAUCGAGGAUGGUUUCGAUUUGUACCGAAAGCUUGCUGAAAUCAGGACUCUCUUUGUGAAAACGAUACCUGAAACUCCUUUCCCAUUCCACGUGGAGAGCCUACUGGAAGAAUUUGUCUGGCGAUGGCUCCGUCUGACAGACCAGAGCGUCAUGGAAUGGGUCAACCAAGCCAUCAGGCAAGAUGUCUUCCAGGUCCGCGCAAAUGAACCAACGGACAUAGCUCCGGAAGAAAACCGCCACAGUGUAUCAGUGAUUGAUAUUUUCCGAUCAUUCAACCAGGUGGUGGAAAAUCUUGUGCAGCUCGAAUGGGACGAUGAUCUUCAAUAUGCGAAGUUCAUGACAGCUCUGUCCAAUUCGAUCGGCAAAGGUGUCGCGAAGUACUGUGAAUCCUUGGAGCAGAUGUUUGCUCGGGAAUUGGACCGCCUUACACCGGAGCAAGAGGCAGCACUGAACCAAACUACUCAGGAGAAGCUCAUGCAAUUUGCCAAAGACACUUGGACGAACAAGGAGAAGAUCGAGCCCUUCCAGUUCUCCUCGGAGUCUUUGGUCAAGUUGAACAACAUCGAGUAUGCGAUUGCGCAAUUGGACAGACUCGAAGGUGACAUCAAUGUGGAUGGAUGCGCAGAUGUCAUCGCGAAGAACACACCUCCGCAAUUGAAGAAGGUACGAAAAUCCACCACCUACGUCUUCACGAUCAAGGUCGUGGAGGCAGAAGACCUGAAGGCGUGCGACAUGAAUGGCGGCAGUGAUCCGUACGUCGUCCUGACCGACGAAUAUCAAAAACGGAUUGCAAAGACGCGUAUCAUCUACAACAACCUCAACCCCCGUUGGGAAGAUGCAGUGGACAUCACGACACAGGGCCCGCUAAACAUCAUCGCUACGAUCUGGGACUGGGAUGCGGUGGGCGAUCACGACUAUGUCGGUCGAACCUCAAUCAAGCUCGACCCGGUCCACUUCAGCGAUUUCUUGCCAAGGGAGUACUGGCUCGAUCUUGACACUCAAGGACGGCUUCUUCUGCGUGUCAGCAUGGAAGGCGAGCGCGACGACAUCCAGUUCUAUUUCGGCAAGGCUUUCCGCACCCUGAAGCGGACAGAGAGAGAUAUGACUCGGAGAAUCACUGAGAAGCUUUCCGCAUAUAUCAGUCACUGUUUGUCGCGCCGAACGCUUAAAUCCUUGCUCUCUCGUGGGCUCAGCAUGUCGACCGUCUCCAACUUCCUGAACAGAAACCGAGGGCAACCACAGGUCUCCACUGGACCAAAACAGGAAGAUAUUGAGAACGCAUUAGAUCCACUGUUCAACUACUUCAACGACAACUUUGCCAUUAUGAACAAGACACUUACCGGUGAAGCCAUGAGAAUGGUGAUGGCGCGUCUGUGGAAGGAGGUUCUCGCCACUAUUGAGGGCCUGCUCGUUCCACCUCUCUCAGAUAAGCCGUCGCACCAAAAGCCCCUGACAAUGCAAGAAGUGGAUAUUGUCUCACGCUGGCUCGUGUUACUUCUCAACUUUUUCCACGCAGUCGAUGAUGAGACUGGUGAAGCAGGGGGUGUCUCCAUCGACAUUCUGAAAUCCACCAAGUACCACGAGAUUCAGACUUUGAAUUUCUUCUACUUUGAACCCACGGAUAACCUGAUCCGCACCUCUGAGCGAAUGGCCUCGGCGACUGUCAGCCACCAACAAGCCAAUCGCAAUCGCAUCUCUGCACCCGCACAUCUCGGCGCCACCGGGCCGGGUCACGGCGGACUAGGCGUCCCCGCAGCCCGGCGCGCUAAGAGCAUCAUGGUGUCCCGCAACCUGGGAACCAUGAAGAAGGCGAAGGAGGAGAAGCGCAGAGAACAACAAGCCCAGCCCAACGACGACAUGAUCCUGCGCAUUCUGCGUAUGCGGCCCGAGGCAACCGGUUAUCUGCGCGAUCGCAGUCGUCAAAAGGAAAGACUGGCCGCAGCUGCUGCCGCAGAUGCCAUUGUAAAGCAGAGUCUGAUGGCCGGUGCAGGAAGCCGGAUGAGCGGGAUAAUUCCCAAACGUUGA